CCCUCGAACAAGCCUGAUUCUAGAAUACGAUCGCGCGGAAAAAAUCACAGAACAAAACACGUCCGAGCGAUCCCACAAUACUGCAGCAUGUACACUUUGUUGCAGUAUAAUCUGCCCAAAGUGAAAGUAAAGCAUUUUUGCUGAAAAACUAAGCUCCCGAUGUUAUAGAAGUAGGAUAAUGAUUCAGGGAUGUAAUUUGUUAUAAAAUGUUGUGCGUCAAAGUUAAGAAAAAGUUAAGUGACGUUCUGCUUGUGGAUUUGGGUGGGUGUGGGAGAAGAUCUUCAUAGGAAAAUAUGUAGAUUCGUUAGCUCCUAUUAGAUUGCUAAAUGGAGUGCCUGCUAGCAGCACUGCUCAUACUAACAACUGGGCCAGUAGGUUUACUAGAUGCCAACCCGGAAGCAAAGAGACUCUACGAUGAUCUUCUGAGCAAUUACAACAGGCUCAUAAGACCGGUCGGAAACAAUUCAGAUCGAUUGACUGUGAAAAUGGGACUAAAAUUAUCACAAUUAAUCGACGUGAAUUUGAAGAGUCAAAUUAUGACGACGAACGUCUGGGUAGAGCAGGAAUGGAAUGAUUACAAACUAAAAUGGAACCCGGAUGACUAUGGGGGAGUAGAAACCUUGCAUGUACCAUCAGAACAUAUUUGGCUUCCGGAUAUAGUGCUUUAUAACAACGCGGACGGAAACUACGAGGUAACAAUCAUGACCAAAGCGAUUCUGCAUCACACGGGCAAAGUGAUCUGGAAACCGCCGGCGAUCUAUAAAUCCUUUUGUGAAAUUGACGUUGAAUACUUUCCAUUCGACGAACAAACUUGUUUCAUGAAAUUCGGAAGUUGGACGUACGACGGUUAUCUGAUUGAUCUUCGGCAUCUCAAACAAGGAGAAAACAGCAAUAAUAUAGCAGUAGGGAUUGACCUGCAAGAUUAUUACAUAUCCGUGGAAUGGGACAUCAUGAAAGUACCCGCGGUGCGAAACGAAAAGUACUACUCGUGUUGUGAAGAACCUUAUCCAGACAUUAUAUUCAAUUUAACGCUAAGAAGAAAGACGUUGUUUUAUACAGUGAAUUUAAUCAUUCCGUGCGUUGGAAUUUCGUUCCUAAGUAUUCUGGUAUUUUACCUGCCCAGUGACAGUGGAGAGAAAGUGUCUCUGAGUAUUUCUAUUCUGCUUUCGUUGACUGUCUUCUUUCUGCUCCUCGUCGAGACCAUUCCUCCCACAUCAAUCACCGUUCCCCUUUUGGGAAAAUAUCUUCUAUUCACCAUGUUGCUCUGUACAUUGUCAGUGGUUGUAACUAUUGCCGUCUUGAAUGUUAACUUCAGAUCGCCAGUGACUCAUAAAUUGGCCCCGUGGGUUCGUACCGUGUUCAUUGAAACGCUGCCACCAAUUUUAUUCAUCAAAAGACCCAAAAAAGAUGACGAUGAUAACGAAGAGUGUAUGCUAACCGAUGUUCUUCACAUACCUGGUCCCUUCAAUAUGUACGAAAAACCAACUUUCGAAAGUUUCGAUCUGGGAUUAUCAGGUGGACGAUUUGAAAUUCCUCCACCUGGAUUGGCUUGUUUUGAUGAGCCACCAUUUCCACUCCCGUUGGCUGGCGGUGAUGACGAAUUAUAUAGUCCUGCAAGUUGCAGAACUGGUGCUUUCGACCCUCCUAGUGACGUAAGUCCCGGAUUUGGAAGGGUAGACGGUUACGAUAUGGAGAAAACUAUCGCAGAUUCGAAAUUCAUUGCUCAACAUGUGAGAAACAAAGAUAGUUUUGAAAAUGUUGAGGAAGAUUGGAAAUACGUUGCCAUGGUUCUAGAUCGUCUUUUCCUAUGGAUUUUCACAUUGGCGUGCGUCGUAGGUACAGGGGUAAUCAUUUUGAACGCUCCCUCAUUAUACGACACGACGAAACCUAUUGAUGUGGUAAUUUCCAAAGUGGCCAAAAAGCGAAUGGCGUUGUUACAGAUGGUACCCGAAGAGGUGUGAAAAUACAAGUUGACAAUAUGUUGUUUUUAUAAGGCAUUGUUUUGAUGUUCGGAGUAAUCCAUUCAAGAUGAAUUUGAUCGGUCCGAACAUUUAUAUCACAUGAAUUUGUUGAAGACAAAUAAGAGCUUUGCAAAAAUGGUUUUCCUUGAACAAUAAGAAUUAUAGAACGUUGAUGUUUUGUAUGGUAAUUCUAAUUAAGGCUAAUAUAUUAAGGUUUUGAUGAUUUUAACCAGAUGAUUCGAUUAAUCAAAUCGUAGUUAUACACAUGCAUCUAGUUAAAUGCAUCGAUUCGUAAGACUACGAGGCAAAGUAAAAUUAAGCAGACGAUUUUUCCCAGUGUUCAUCAAUGUUAUGUCGAAAAUCAAACUACGUUUUUUACUGCACUCAACUUAAUAUUAAAUAGAAAAUAGUCUGCUUAGUGUUACGACCACUGGUUUUAUAACAUGGAUCUUCCGAUAACAAUCUAGAACGGUAGCAAAAGAAAUCUUUAAAAUUGUAGCUAUUCUGUACAACGAUAUUUAGUUAAGUCGAGUGUUUUGAGGUUUUCUAUAAAUCUGUUACGAAUGUAAAAAAAUAUUAUUUUUUCUUUCGAUCUGUCUUCUAUUCGCAUUUGAAAAACCACGAUCUACUUUUUAUAGGUAUUAUUUUUUUCGAUUUAUGUAAACAACUUCGUUAGAUGCAAUUCAAAGACUAACUGAAAAAAAAUAACGAUGAUAAUCACUACAAUAGGCAAAAUGGGCGUAGAAGGAGAAUUGUUAUGUAAAUUAUAUUAAUUACUAAUACUUUACUACGAAUAAGUAUCGUAAUAAUUGUAAUAACAAUUUAAGUGGCAAAUAAAGCUCCACUAGACUAUCGAUUCAUUAUAUACGCAUAUACAGAUCAGUUUUUCGUUACAAAAAACAACACAUUCCCAUUGGCGUCAUCAUGACCAUGUAAUUUAUCAUGUUAAAUCUUGAACUAGAAUUACAUCUGUAUUUCCCGUAUUUGCGAUUGUUUUGCUGUCUAGUGAGAUUUAUUUGGCCAGCUACACAUUUUUAAACGUCGUUUAAGACAUAUAACAUUAGGAUAUAGUUCAAAACAUCAUGGGUAAACGGCAAUACAUAAUAAAACAUUUUUUUGAUUACAA